AGAGCCUCUCACGGUAGCAGCACACACACACAUCUACAAAGACUCAAGCUUGGAGAGAGGGAAGAAUUAACCCCUUAGCACCUUCCUCUUCCUCUUUUAUUGUACCUGUAUUGUUGUUUUAGGACAUGGAGCGUCAUACCGCCCGCUGUUUCUACCGCACCCCACUGGAUGAGGAGAGGCACCAGAUGCUCAACCUCAACAGCCGCCUGGGGACCUACCUGGGCCGAGUCCGGUUGCUGGAGGAGGAGAACGAGGUCCUCCGCCAGGAGGUCCAGCGCCUGAGGCACAACGGGAAGGGGGACGCCUCGCGCAGGGAGGAAUUGGAGGACGAGCUGCAUGGAGCGAGACUGGAGGUGGAGGUGGCUUGGAGGAAGAAGGUCCAAGUGGAGAUGGAGAUAGCGAGCCUGGGCGAGGAGCUCCGAGGCCUGAGCCUGCAGAGGCAGAAGGUCGCAGAUGCCCACGGGGAGGCUAGGAAGAGGCUGGUGGACAGCGAAAAAGAGAUGGAGGAAGAGAGAAGGGCUCAGAUUUGGCUGAAGGAGAAGGUCAGACAAUUUGAGAUGGAGCUCAAUUCCCAGACACAAAUCCACGAAGAGGACGUAGCGUACUUGCACGCGACGCUAGCCCAUGACAGACCCACACCGUCGCCCAUGCCAGCCCAAGUGGAAUCCCAGCUGCUGGGGCUCCUGGACCUGGGGGAUGGCUACUCCCAGACGGCUGCCAGAGCGUGGGAGGAAGCGACCGAGGCGUAUGAGGCUCAGGUGGCACGUCUGGAGGAGUCACUGAGUCAAGCUUCGACCCGAUUGGCACAGGUGGGCCAAGAGAAGAAUGACAGCCAGAUGAAGCUUCAGGCCCUGGAAAUAGAACUAGCCUCAUCCCAGGAUUUAAAGCAAUACCUGGAGAAGAGAGUGGUCCAACAAAGACACCAGCAGAACCAAGAGUUCCAACAACUCCAGGCUCAUCUGGAAGUGUUGGAAGUGGAGAAGGUGGAGCUGGGACAACAGAUCGAUGAGUUGCUGAUGAACAGCAGAAGCCUGCUGCAGAUGAAGAUGUCACUAGGGCUGGAGGUGGUCACGUACAGAGCUUUACUGGACAGUGAAAGCCUUAAAGUGGAAGUUGUGAAACAUCAACCUAGGAGUGUUUGCAACAUGGAUCCUAGACCCAGUCCUCGAGGGGUUAAGCAAAGCUCACAGAUUCAGACAUUAUCUAGUCACAGAAACGGGGCUUUAUCAUCAAUUCCGGCAGCACCCCAUAGAUCCAAGACUAAUAUCAUUUCUAUAACAUCUAUCUCUAAUCCAAAAAGUGUGACGUGCAGUAAAACACACAAGAGUUCUCUGAAGGCAAAGGAAGAGCAGGUUGAUGUUAGCAAACCAGCCUAUGGGAGGUCAGCUUACCCAAAAGUCUUAGAAGGUUCUGUCCAAUUCAGGCCCCAAACAGUCAGUAAAGAAGUCAGCUACAAUGAACCGCUGUCUUCGCCCAAUGAGCAAGAGAUAGAGGUUGAUGUCAAAUCGGCCCGAUCUGACCGGAACAAACCCCUUACACAGGACAGAAAGGAGGGGGAAAACUGGAACAGUGAUGGGCUGUCCCCAGUAAAACAGUCUAUCAGUCACCUGGUUCAACUAACUGAGAAACCAAUCUUUAGUGAUGAUGCUGAAGAACGUACUAAGCCCAGAGAAAUCCUUGAAACAGAGUGUCCUGUUACAAAGCCAAAGGGGCCUUUUUCCUUUCCAGAGGACAUUUUGAAUGAGGUAACUCCCAAGGUGCCUGGUGAAAAAGAAGGACCUCAACUUGACCUUCCAGUUUCUUCCAUACAUGCAUGGCACGAAGGUCCUGGAACAGAGAGCGAAGAAGCAGCAUGGAUGAAUGAUGAAAGCUCAGGAUCUGAAACUGAAGCAGUGAUGGAACCAACACUUGAGACCAGCACAAGCAGUCCAGCCUCUGUGAGUCAGACAGAGGAAACCAUGUUCAACCAGCCAACAGAACUGCAUGAGGAGUUCCAUUAUGAGGAGACAGGACCUAUGGGCCUAACAGAGGCCAGUAAAGAAUGUAAAGGGUCUUGGAAACACGAGGAACAUUUGGAAGACAAAGUUUAUUCGGAUGGGGAUGAAAUGGAUACAUGGGAUCAAGUAAUGGAAAGAAACGUCCCUGGGAAGAAAGAAAACAUGGAUGUUGAAAAUGAUGAAAGGGAAACGCAACAUAUCACUCCGGGAGCGUACGUGUCUGCAGAGCAGGAGGAACGAGAAAUGAAGAAUGUGGUUGACUCAUUAAUACACGACGACUCUCAUAUGACCCUGAAACUCACGGACACCGAUCAAGAUGAGGAAAAAGACUCUGAGAAAGCAAAUGACGACGACUCUCCAAAUGCCUCUAGUUCAUGGAGGACUGAGCUGGAAUGUGACAGCUAUGCACAGGAUAACACACUGGCCGACACGCGGCCUCUGAUUCGCUACAAGAGUGACGAGACAGAUGCCAACACUCAGGCCUCACACAUUGAAGAGAGCGAGUCCAGUGACUAUGAUGAAGGCCGGAAGAUCGGGGAGGCAGGGACUGAUGCCUGGGGCGAAAGUCAAUCCAAACGAUUUGGAACCAUGGAGGACUUGUGUGAAGAGGCCGUAGGGGAAACCUUGGAUGAAGAGUAUAACAGGGAGAACGCUCAGACAGAGUGUAUGUUCUCUGGCCAAGCUGGGGAGUAUGUCACACCAGGGAUCGGUGAGCAUGCAGAUCCGAUCUUGAGAGAUGCCGAAGACCAAUCGGACGAUGAAACAGAGGAACUCACAGAACGUGGCGAGUCUACAUCACGUUCUUCGGAGCACUUUGAUGAAGAAAGCAUUGACAAAAUCGUUGAGAAGGAACUGGAGGUCCUAUCCAUAUCCACUUACAGUGCCAGAUUUCAACAGCAUACUGCUGACAUGUUAAAAAGUGAGGGUUUAGAGCAAAUCGAUCCAGACACUGCACCUUCGACUCACUCCAUGCAUCUAAAUGAGUCAUAUGAAUACGAUUCUGUCCAAGAAAGUUCUGCUGAUGGGACACAAGUUCCGGAUCAAGGCAAUGUGUUUAAUGAGCAAUGGAAAAUGGAUGGAGAUGAACAAAACCUAUCUAUUCAAACCUCUGUGGACCUCAUUGAAGAGGAUUCAAUCACCAGCAAACUCAAUAGCUUGCCUGAAAGACAGGACAACCUAAACAACUCAAAUAGUUCAGAUGGUGAUGAAGAGUCAUCCAACGCUAGCCAAUGCUCUCAGCCGGAUGUAAGGGUCAAAUAUCCACAUCCAGAAAACUUGGUAGAUGUGGCAGUACCUCUCCAACACCUGGAGCCUCCUACAGAGGAACUUUUCAGUGGUCUGCAAGACCAUCUAAUGGAAGGUUCUGACUGGACCACAGAUCAAGGACAUCCUCAAACAGAAGCAUGGGAAUUCCUCGAGAGUCCAAACAAACAUCCACAAUAUAGGGAUCGAUUUGCAGAACAAUCUCAAAGCCAUACACGAGAUACAAAAAACAUUAUUCCAGAGUGUGAGGCAGGAGGAGAGGUGAAGGACAUUUGUGUUGUUCAGUCUGAAUCACCUGAUAAAAUGACAGAUGAAUGUGACAUCUUCCAAGUUCAGAUAUCGGAGGAACAGCCUACAACUAAGCAUGAAGGUACUCGCAGCAUUUUUUGUUCGAGUGUGCAAAAUGAGCUCUGGAGUUCCUCCCAGGAUACAGGGGCCACCCAUCAACCGGAUAUCUUAAAUGACAGAGAAGCGGAGCAAUCUAAUCAGAACCUAACCUUUGGUGACAGCGAAGCCUGGGAAACUCUGGAAAACCUCAAGGUAGCAAAUGGUAACACGGACAUGGAACCCAAUGAACCAAAAGCUCCUGUUUUUUAUAAAGAAGACGAACAAAGGCUUCCCCUGGCAAAGCAGCAGCUGUGUAGAGAUGUGGUUGAAGGGGAGGACUCUGAGGAGGAGGGGGGGGACUCUUGGUCAUCUGGAGAAGAAUAAGAAUUGAAACAAUUGGGAACUUUGGUAAUGCAAAGAAGGAACACUUAGUUAUUUGUGUAGUUAGAAGAAUGAUUUAGAACUGAAAAUAAAAUAAACAAUGUUACAUGUUAGUAUUGGACCGUCAAUUUCCGAUGGGGAUCAAAUGUGCCAUGUCAUUCAGCUGUUUUCAAAAACCAAAACAAUGCCUUGGUGCACACCCAGAGUGCCUAUUACUCAAUUAAAAAAAAAACUGUGAGAUUUUAAUGUAGGUAAUGUUUCAAUGUAGCCUGCUCUCAGUUUUCACCACUUUGUGUACCCUUUCCCUUUCCCACUGUAUUGCAUUGAUCAAAGAUGAAAUUCAGAAUAAUUCAAUGCAUGCUUGGGGUAAGAUUUCUUUGGUCGAUCCCAAAUGAAGGAACGUAUAAGGCCGCUAAAAAGUAAAAUGAUCUAAAUAAUCUGUUGUCCAAUUUUUGCAUGAUUAUACAAAUGGUGCAAAUCAGUCAAAGCUCAAGAACAGAACAUCUGCCAGGACUUUAAUUGAUGUAGCAACAUUUUUGAAUCAAUUUCAGCAGGACUACAUACUACAUACUCUUUUGUUGAGUGUUUCAAUGUAGGGCUGUUAUUUAUGAUAAAAUGUUUUUGCAUUAAU